UUUCUAAUAAAAAUUUGAGGAGCGAAGGUAGUAGGUAAGCACGCCAACAACUUUGAAGAGAAACACGGCGCCGUUUAAGCCAUUAGACGAAUCUACCUAAGUCCUCAACUACAACGAACUUCCAGUUCCACCAUAGCCAGCGGUCCACCAUCUCUUCAUAAAACCGUACCAAAAACACACACACACACACACACACACACACAGAGGGAAAUCGGGUCGGAUCCCAAAGAUGGGUGUAACACCAAAAAUCGCUCCAUCCAUGCUUUCAUCGGAUUUUGCUAACUUAGCAUCAGAGGCAAAGCGCAUGCUUGACUUCGGAGCUGAUUGGCUUCAUAUGGAUAUCAUGGAUGGGCACUUCGUUCCGAACCUAACCAUUGGUGCUCCAGUCAUUGAAAGUUUAAGAAAGCACACAAAGGCAUAUUUGGAUUGCCACCUUAUGGUCACUAAUCCGAUUGAUUACGUUGAACCUUUGGGUAAAGCUGGUGCAUCCAGUUUCACUUUUCAUGUUGAGGUAUCCAAAGAAAACUGGCAAGAACUUAUCCAAAAAAUUAAGUUGAAAGGCAUGAGGCCUGGUGUGGCGUUAAAGCCUGGAACACCGAUUGAGGAGGUUUAUCCUCUGAUCAACAGCGAAAAUCCCGUGGAAAUGGUUCUUGUGAUGACUGUGGAACCUGGAUUUGGUGGACAAAAGUUCAUGCCAGAAAUGAUGGAUAAGGUGCGCGUGCUAAGGAACAAGUAUCCAUCUCUCGAUAUAGAGGUCGAUGGCGGAUUAGGGCCUUCAACUAUUGAUGUGGCUGCAUCGGCUGGAGCAAAUUGCAUAGUGGCAGGGAGUUCAGUAUUUGGAGCUCCAGAGCCAGCUGCAGUUAUAUCCCUUAUGAGAAAGAGUGUUUUGGAAAAUCAGGAGAAAAGUUAAAAAACAUUGCAAGAUAUUGCUUUUGUUGGGGGGCGGUUCAUGACAAUAUAUGUGUACAAUAGAUUGGUCUCACUUGAUAAGUUUUGAAAUUCAAUAAAAUGACACAGAUAUAUGAAAAUUUGAUAAUAA